AUGUUCUCUCCAGCAACUGCCUCCCUCGUUCUCUUUGCCGGCCUUGGCCUUGUUUCGGCUUCGGGUAAGAAGAAAUUUAAUCAUUUUUGUCUUACGACAACUAUAGUCGUCGUAAGACUUAUGAUUCAAGAGUCGCUUCGGCUUAAAAUAUUUAAAAAAGAAGCUUUUUUCAUACACGUUUACACCUCCCUACAGGCAUUUUCUGGUCUUGUUUCGGUUCUUGUAAGGAGAAAUUCAAUCAUUUUUGUCUUACGACAACUACAGCUACCGAACUUGCAAGCAGCUGCAUGUAGUCCAACUAGACGGUUUUCCAAUUCUUACCCUUUCAGGCUUCUUCGACGGCCAUCACGGUCAUCACGGCUGGGAACCCCACCACCACGACGACCAUCACGGAGAGCAUCACGGACACGGCGCCGACUGGCAUCACGACAACCACGACGCCCAUGGAUGGGAAGGAGACAACAGCCAUGAUCACGAGGGAAAGCACGGCUUCGCCAAGGGCGAUGAAUCCGACUGGGCUCGCGUCGACUACGGAGGCCACAAAGCCCACGCCUCUGGCGAUGAAUGGCACUCCAACUACGGACAUGAGGCCGGAGAUGAUCAUGGGCAUGACGCCGGAUUCGCUCAUGGAGAUGAACAUGGUCAUGCUGGACACGGAAGCUGGGGACAUCACGACGGACAUGACGGACACCAUGGUCAUCAUGGAUGGUAG